AUGGAAGAGGGCAAGGUUGAAGAGGUGCAGGAUAUUGUACAAGUGAAUGUGUGAGGCUGUUUGUACACAGCCAGGCACAAGUCUCUGUGCCGCUUUAAGGAUUCCAUGCUGACUUCCAUGUUUAGUAGACACUUUCCUCUGAAAGUGGGUGAAUUGGGAGCAUGUCUAAUUGACCAAGAUGUAAACCUGUUUAAAUAUCUUUUGCAUUAUCUUCAUGGAGAAGUUCAGAUUCUUGGAGAUGAACAAGAUUGAACUGCACUGCAGGAGGAAGGAGAUUAUUUUGGAAUCCCUUAUCCAUACAGUCUGCCUGAUCAUUUGGUCAAUGAAAUGGAGACACACUCUUCAAGGUCCAGUAUAGAGCUUAAAAAGGUCCAGACAUUUCUUAACAUUUUUGAUGUUGAUCUCUCUAACCUGUACCAUUCAUUAGCACCAAACACUAAAGCUACAGAAUGUCCAAGUUAGCACUUCUCAGUGACCACACUAAAUCAUGAGUAAAUUCAGAGCGUUAAAAAAUCCUAGAGUUGAUAAUGCAGUCAGUAUAGUCAAGGACACCAGCUUUUAUCAUCAUUGCAAUACAGCAACAAAGCUGGAAAUAACAUCCAAUAUAUCUGGAGCUAUUAUUCAGUAGCUGAGCUGAAAAAGAUGAUGGAUGCUUUCGAUGCCUGGGAAGGGAGAGGUGUCAGCUACUGGAGAGUGCCUCAGGAGCUGAUUGAAUGUUGGACUCGGGAAGAACAACCUCUGAGAGGCAGUUUUCAUGAUAUGCCUCCAGUUCAUAAAAGACAAUUAAUUGACUAUACUGAAGUGGAAGGCAGUUUACCAGGUAAAGUGGGUCCCCAGCCAAUUAGAUUCUCAGGUCCCUCAACAAGUACCCACAUAAAAGUCAAGAAUUCGUCUUCAUUAAAGGUAGCUGCUUGCAGUGCUUCACAUUCUGCAGCAAUUCUUAAAUGACCCCAUAGUGAAAGUCUGAUGCUGCGCAAAGAAGCUUCUGAAACCACAUCCACAGCACUCACAUCAGUGCUCAGCAAGUCCCAGGCUCCCCAUGGAAGGCAGAGUGCUGGCAAUGGGACACUGAGCCAAAUGCCAUUCCAAGCUGCAGGGAGUAAGAAGCCUGUGAACAACGGCGCAGUGAAGCUGAAAAGGACUCUGCUUUUUCUUGUGACACCAUCUCAGCCACCCUCUUCUGCGUCCAGUGAAACAAGUAAACAGGACAGUGUUGCUGUUGAAAUUCCUACAACUUCUACAGUACUAAACAAGAAAGAAUCAUCUGUAUUAGCAGAAAGUAUUACACUAAAGAACCAUAAAGUGGAAGGAUAA